UUGUGGAAUGAGAAAAGGGACCUUAGGUCUCCCAUUAGUCUCACGGGGCUGGGCAGGUGGAGGAAGGGGACGUCCCAUCUCUACUAUGUCUGACUUUAUGACUGUUGCACAGACUUAAAAAGGACACAGUUGAGUUUAAUCUAACACGGUGGAGCUGACUGCUGGACUGGACUCUGAACUACCCACAAGGAACUAGUUUCCUAGUUUUUCCUCCAGCCUGCGUGUGAAGGAGAGUGGAAGCCGGUCACAUUGUCCCAAAAAAGCUCUAUAUAUGGGAUGAGAGGGAGGAAGUUGGAUUCCUCAAUAGGGCAUCCACCCAGUGGCUCAAGAAACCUGCUCUGAAGGCUGGCCGGGUUGAAACUGUUCAGAGAGAUCUUCACUUCAGAUCAGAAGUUCCUCCAGAAGACUACCUCACCUGACCUGACUGGGACCAGCAACAAUACAGCCAUGUCUCUGCGGAUCCAUGUGCUGGCCUGCUGCUUCGGCUUGGGCUCCUGGGUGGCUGUCAAUGGCCUGUGGGUGGAGCUCCCCCUCAUCGUUAACACUCUCCCCGAGGGCUGGGAUCUACCAUCUUACCUGACCGUUAUUAUCCAGCUCGCCAACCUGGGGCCUCUGCUGGUCACUCUUAUGCACAAGCUGUGUCCGGGCCGUCUGAAGGAGAGAGCUGCCAUCUACAGUGUGUUGUCCAUAGGUGUCCUGGCCUGUAUACUUCUGGCGUUCUCCUGGGACGAGACCACAGUGGUAGCGGCAGCAUCUCGGAGCACAGCCUUCUUUAUCCUCACCUUCUUCCUGGCCUUGGUGGACUGCACCUCCUCUGUCACCUUCCUGCCCUUCAUGAUGCAGCUGCCAGCCAACUACAUCACCACCUACUUCAUUGGAGAGGGCCUGAGUGGCUUUAUCCCUGGUCUGGUGGCUCUCGGCCAGGGCAUCGGCAUGGCCAAGUGUGUGAAUGCCACUCAGUCCUCUGGUAACCUCACUGAAGAGGAUAUGUACAUUGUCCAGACCCAGUUUCUACCGCCCAACUUCUCCACUGAGGUGUUUUUCUUCUUCCUGGCGGCCAUGAUGUGCAUCAGCCUGGCAGCAUUCUCUGCACUAAACAGGCUCCCACGUACCUUUGAACUGUCCACAGAGAACUUGGUGCCAGACACUGACACAGUGGCGUCAGUCUGCUCCGGGCUAGACAACCAUGGAGCAGUGACUGAAGGGGAGAACUCAAACCCAAAACGCCACAGUGAGGAAUCAGGUCAGGCCAGGCCACAGCUGGCUAAAUCAGGCCACUCUGUUUUCCAGUUAACUUUUAUCUAUUUCAUGGUGGUCUGGGUGAAUGGGGCGACUAACGGCCUCUUGACCUCGGUGCAGACAUACUCCUGUAUGCCCUACGGUAACCUGGCAUAUCACCUGUCGGCUGCUCUGGCAUCCUGUGCCAACCCAGUGGCCUGUAUAGUCGCCAUGUUUUUUCCUAAAAGGUCACUAGUGCUCCUGGGUGUACUGUGUCUCCUUGGAUCAGUCUUUGGAGGAUACAACAUGGCAAUGGCCACCAUGAGUCCAUGUCCACUAUUACAAGGCUCCGCACUGGGAGAAGCCAUCAUAGUGCUGUCGUGGGUCUUCUUCACAGGGAUACUGUCUUAUGUCAAGGUGAUGGUGGGUGUCAUCUUCAGAGAUGAGAGCCACAGCGCCCUGGUGUGGUGUGGAGCAGCGGCACAGACAGGCUCUCUGCUGGGCUCUGUCGUCAUGUUCCCACUGGUAAAUGUGUACAACCUGUUUCAGUCAGGAGACUUCUGUAACACCAAGUGCCCUUUAUGAUGGUGACCUAUUCCUAAAACACGAACAUAACCACGGGUAAGUAGCCUUGUCCAAGCCAGAAUGGCCCAUCUCAUGUUUCUGUACAUGUACACUCCCGGAAAGGACACUAGUACCUGGUAGUACUUAUACCAAUUGGGGUGGUGUGUGAAUAAUGUGGGGAAUGAACAAUGACUGGACAAGAUUAGAGAUUGGACAUACCUUGAAGGGCACUCUCUUCUGAGAGAAAUCCACCUGGAUCAAUGGACUAAAAUAUAACAUUUCAAAAUGUUGCUCAAUUAAUAUUUGAAAAUAUUUUUUAUAAAGUGUGAUUCACAACCCACGCUCAAGGUUAGCAAUGAUUGUUUAAAAUGUGUGCCCUAGUAAGUGGGUGAAGCACCUUUGAAAUACUUUCUGUGAAUAGCCUAAAUCUUUGAAUCUUUAUUGUGUUGAAUUUUUUGUUGUUGUUGGACCAAAUCUUUAUUCAUUUUGUUGUUGGGGUAGGCUACAUGCACAAAUUCACAUAAUUUAAUAGUUAAGCCCCCCCCCCCCACACACACACAACAACUUCCAUUUGUCGGGGAAGAGACUCUACACGGUGUCAGAAGCGUUCCACAAAACAUUAGGACCACCUACCUAAUAUUGAGUUGUACCCCCUUUUGCCCAAAGAACAACCUCAAUUCCUCGGGCAUGGAAUACAAGGUGUCGAAAGCAUUCCCCGGAGAUGCUGGCGCAUGUUGACUCAAGUUGGCUGGAUAUCCUUUGGAUGGUGGACCAUUCUUGAUACACAAGGGAAACUGUUGAACGUGAAAAACCCAGCAGCGCCCCAUUCAAAGGAACUUAAAUAUUUUGUCUUGCCCAUUCACCCUCUGAAUGGCACACAUACACAAUCCAUGUCUCAAUUGUCUCAAGGCUUAAAAAUCAUUUUUAACCUGUCUCCUCCCCUUCAUCUACACUCACUUGAAGUAGGUUAAACAGGUGACAUCAAUAAGGGAUACUAGCUUUCAUCUGAAAUCAUCUGGUCAGUCUGUCAUGUUUAAUGUUUUGUAUACUCAGUGUAUGUAUGUAUGUAUGUAUGUAUGUAUGUAUGUAUGUAUGUAUGUAUGUAUGUAUGUAUGUAUGUAUGUAUGUAUGUAUGUACAGUACCAGUCAAAAGCUAAGACACACCUACUCAUUCAUGGGUUUUUCUUUAUUUUUACUAUUUUCUACAUUGUAGAAUAAUAGUGAAGACAUCAAAACUAUGAAAUAACACAUAUGGAAUCCUGUAGUAACCAAAAAAAGUGUUAAAUAAAAGUCAGAUUCUUCAGUAGUAGCCACCCUUUGCCUUGAUGACAGCUUUGCACACUCUUGGCAUUCUCUCAACCAGCUUCAUGAGGCAGUCACCUGGAAUGCAUUUCAAUUAACAGGUAUGCCUUGACCUUUUAAGGAUUAGACCCUUUUUUUUCAAAUUUUCUCCUAAAAUGACAUACCCAAAUCAAACUACCUGUAGCUCAGGACCUGAAGCAAGGAUAUGCAAAUUCUUGAUACCAUUUCAAAGGAAACACUUGACGUUUGUGGAAAUGUGAAAUUAAUGUAGGAGAAUAUAACACAGAUAUGGUAAAAGAUAAUACAAAAAAAAACAUUUUUAAUUUUUUUGUAACAUCAACAUUGAAAUGCAAGAGAAAGGCCAUAAGGCCAUAAAUUCCACCCAAGGGGCAAUUUAGAUUUGGCCACUAGAUGGCAGCAGUGUAUGUGAAGUUAGCUUGCAGGCGACUGGCCCACCACAAGGAGUCGCUGGAGUCGUCUGUCCACGGUUGCAACACUCACUACCGAGUUCUAAAACUGCCUCUGGCAGCAACGUCAGCACAAGAAGUGUUCAUCGGGAGCUUCAUGAAAUGGGUUUCCAUGGCCGAGCAGCCGCACACAAGCCUAAGAUCAACAUGUGCAAUUCCAAGCGUCAGCUGGAGUUGUGCAAAGCUUGCUACCAUAGGACUCUGGACCAGUGGAAACACGUUUUCUGGAGUGAUGAAUCGCGCUUCACCAUCUGGCAGUCUGACUGACAAAUCUGGGUUUGCUGGAUGCCAGGAGAACGCUACCUGCCCAAAUGCACAGUGUAAACUGUAAAGUUUGGUGGAGGAGGAAUAAUGCUCUGGGGCUGUUUUUCAUGGAUCGUGCCAGGCCUCUUAGUUCCAGUGAAGGGAAAUCUUAACGCUACAGCAUACAAUGACAUUCUAGACGAUUCUGUGUUCAACUUUGUGGCAACAGUUUGGGGAAGCCCUUUCCAGUUUCAGCAUGACAAUGCCCCUGUGCACAAAGUGAGGUCCAUACAGAAAUGGUUUGUCAAGAAGAACUUGACUGGCCUGCACAGAGCCUUGACCUCGACCCCAUCAAACACCUUUAGGAUGAAUUGUAACGCCGACUGCGAGACAGGCUGAAUAGCCCAACAUCAGUGCCCGACCUCACUAAUGCUCUUGUGGCUGAUUGGAAGCAAGUCCCCGCAGCAAUGUUCCAACAUCUAGUGGAAAGCCUUCCCAGAAGAGUGGAGGUUGUUAUAGGAGCAAAGGGGGGACCAACUCCUUAUUAAUUAUAUAUUGUUUAUUUGUAUGUUUGGCUUUAGCUGAGAUUAUUCUUUACAGAGUCAAGUAUAUUUUUCAAGGCCUCAAUUGUUCUUUGUCAAGCACCAUUCAUUCUCACUGUUGAUAAUUCUAAUGUUAUAUUAGAAUAUUGUAAUAUUGUAUUAUCUAAUAGUGAUAAUAGUAAUAAUAGUAACUGUAUCCACUGGCGAAUUGGGAGAGAGUGAGGUGAAUGCCAUAUAAGAGCCAACAUCUUUUUUUCCGGCAGUGCUGCCUGCCAGCAGUAAUUGUCUCCUCUGAUUUAUUGAGUCAUUAAGUAACAUAGUAGAUGCAAAGCAUUGAAUAUUUACAUUCAUGCACUUUGAAAUUGAGUAACUUUGACCCAGAAGCAUUUAACUGCAGGGCAAUCACACAUCCUAUGAAGGAAUGUGCCUACCUGAUUUAGGGAACACAGUGAACAGUUGGGGCAAAUUUCAUCGUAAAACGUUUCGUUGGUGUUAAAUACAGUCUGUUAACAAACUUCAAUGUAUAAGGUGAUGGUUCGGAUUACGGGAUGCCAAAGUCAUAUUUUUCAUAUUCUGUUUGACUUAAAGGGUUGUUCAUAUUCACUUAGAUCUGUGGACCAUAAUUAUUUUAAUAGCUAGCUCGGAAUAUGAGCUUUCAGAAAGUUGUUUAUAUAGUAUAGAGAUCAGCCCUUUCGGGAGUCCAGGUUCAGUAGUUGGGUUUUCCAAGGGACUCCAUAGGCCAGCAUAGUUGACCUAAGUUGUAAAUAUAGAAAAAAGGAGUUGCCUGUAAUGUGCCUUUCAAAUUUUGGAGUGUUCUCAAACCAUUACUUUCAUUGAUAACGGCAAGGAUACAGAUUCCACAUUUGGACUAUUGGGGGGAAUGCAAAAGGCUGCCCUCCAGAUCACAAGGCGUUAUAGUGAAAUAUUGAAGUAUGGGCAUGCCAUUUUGAUUCUCAGUUACAUUGUUUUUAAAUGUUGUGCCAAAUAGAGAUUGCUUAAGCAAUAAUGGCACCAAACCGUAGUUUACCUUGUUUAACAGAUAUAUCAGUUAAGACCAACUCUUCCAUGGCAAUAGGAGACACUAUAUUUCUCUAUAUACACAGCCAGGGGGCGGAAGAAUCAUGUCUAAACCAAUUUAGGAUUGUUGACUUUUUUUCAUACAUGUAUGAUUUUUUUGAACCAAGUUGAAUAUGUGGAAUAAGCAGAAUCCAGAUUCACUCAAAAUUAAGUCAAUUAAGUAAAUAACACUUUAUUAAAUAAAUUAUUAAACAGACAAGACUGUUUAUCAGACAGAUGAUGUCACCUUGUAUUGCUACUAGUGAACCCACUGGGCUCUUUGCUGUGUGUGAAUGUUACACAUUGCAACUCUAGAUGGCAUCACUAUACCAUGUCAGAAAAAAGUGCCUACAAUUCUUUGCAUUCCUCUGGCACCCCAGAAGAUUCUCUUUACACAAAAUACAUUUAAUAACACUUUGUCUAUUUAACACUGCUUUUAUAUCUCUGUUUGUGUGUGUCUGUGAACGUUUUCAAGAGCUUUCCAUGUAAGAUCAUCAUAUGACUUGCACUGUUGAUUGUUUUUGUAAAUACAAUAUAGAUCACACGA